AUUGUCAGGGUUUAGUUCCGUCUCUGCUCGAAAAUCCCCAAAUCCGAAUCGAAGAGGUUAAAGUGACGGCGACGCCGCUGUCCGCCUUGACUCAGCCACAGCGGCUCCGUCUUGGCCCUCAUUUUUGUACCACCUCCUCUAUUCAUUUCUAGGGUUUUGUGAAUUAGACAUUUUUUGUAGUUCAAAAGAAAUGGCGCCUAAAUUGUCAAAGAGCGACAGGAAGCUAGCAUACGACCAGAAAUUGUGCCAAUUUAUCGAUGAGUACACUCAGAUUCUGGUGGUGUUUGCCGACAACGUCGGUUCAACCCAGCUCCAGAACAUCAGGAAAGGCCUGAGAGGCGAUUCCGUGGUUCUCAUGGGGAAGAACACUAUGAUGAAGCGAUCUGUCCGCAUCCACGCUGAGAAGACCGGGAACCAGGCUAUUCUCAACCUGAUCCCUCUCCUUGGUGGUAACGUUGGAUUGAUCUUCACCAAGGGUGAUUUGAAGGAAGUCAGUGAGGAGGUUGCCAAAUACAAGGUUGGAGCACCUGCUCGUGUUGGUUUGGUUGCUCCAAUUGAUGUCGUUGUCACUCCUGGUAACACUGGUCUCGACCCAUCGCAGACUUCUUUCUUCCAGGUUCUGAACAUCCCUACCAAGAUUAACAAGGGUACUGUAGAAAUCAUUACCCCUGUUGAGCUUAUCAAGAAGGGCGACAAAGUGGGUUCGUCUGAAGCUGCCUUGCUUGCAAAGCUAGGGAUCCGUCCCUUCUCAUAUGGUCUCAUUGUCACCUCUGUGUAUGACAACGGAACUGUUUUCAGUCCGGAGGUGCUUGAUAUGACUGAGGAGGACCUUAUUGAGAAGUUUGCCCUUGGUGUUUCCAUGGUUACAUCGCUUUCCCUGGCCAUCUCCUACCCAACACUUGUAGCUGCACCACACAUGUUUAUCAAUGCAUACAAGAAUGCUUUGGCCAUUGCAGUUGAAACUGAUUAUUCAUUCCCAGCUGAUAAGGUCAAGGAAUUCCUUGCUGAUCCGAGCAAGUUUGUUGUUGAGGCUGCUCCUGCUGCUGAGGCUGGUGGUGCUGCUCCUGCUGCUGCCAAGGAAGAGGAGAAGAAGGAUGAGCCAGAGGAGGAGUCUGAUGAUGACAUGGGUCUUGGUCUCUUCGAUUAAGUUGUGCCAAGUCUGCUGCUCUUUAAUUUAUCUUCUCUCUCUCUUUUAAUGAACUUGUUACCUUGUUUUUCCCUGUUGCUGGAACCUCUAUAUUGCUUAUUUCUUAGAU